ACGCACUCCCGCAGGCCUUUCUGCAGCCCAGCGGCCACAGGGCCUCGGCGUCCGGACUCGCCCGCCCGAUUGGCGCUCCGUGAAACCGCGACGCGUGGUGGCUCGGCUAGCCCACGCUACCCCACCCCGCCGGCGCCGCCCAACAGUCGCCGAACCUUCUGGAAGCGACGCCGGGCAGCCAGAGCAGGUCGCCCCCGAGGCCUAGAGGGGCGGGGCGCGCAGGGCGGGACUUGCGCAGGAGAACGCGUCCGAUUCGCCGUCCGAGCGCACGCCCCGCCUCGCGACCGCCGUGACCCCGCCUUCUCCCUCCCCCUCCAUGGAGCCGCCCAGACUCAUUCAUUCCGCGCCGGGCCUGCCAGGCACCUGCCCUCUCCUUCAGCCGCCCGCCGCCAACGCCGCCGCCAGCAUGUCAGGCCCCGCCGCGGAUACCCCUUCCGCCAUCCAAAUCUGCCGGAUCAUGCGGCCGGAUGACGCCAACGUGGCCGGCAACGUGCACGGAGGGACCAUCCUGAAGAUGAUCGAGGAGGCGGGGGCCAUCAUCAGCACGCGGCACUGCAACAGUCAGAACGGGGAGCGCUGCGUGGCCGCCCUGGCCCGGGUGGAGCGCACCGACUUCCUGUCGCCCGUGUGCAUCGGCGAGGUGGCGCACGUCAGCGCGGAGAUCAGCUACACCUCCAAGCACUCGGUGGAGGUGCAGGUCAACGUGAUGUCCGAGAACAUCCUCACAGGCACCAAAAAGCUGACCAACAAGGCCACCCUGUGGUACGUGCCCUUGUCGCUGAAGAACGUGGACAAGGUCCUGGAGGUGCCGCCGUUCGUGUACGCCCGGCAGGAGCAGGAGGAGGAGGGCCGCAGGCGCUACGAGGCCCAGAAGCUGGAGCGCAUGGAGACCAAGUGGCGGAACGGGGACAUCGUCCAGCCAGUCCCGAACCCAGAGCCGAGCACGGUCAGCUACAGCCAGUCCAGCCUGAUCCACCUGGUGGGGCCCUCGGACUGCACGCUGCACGGCUUCGUUCACGGAGGCGUCACCAUGAAGCUCAUGGACGAGGUGGCCGGGAUCGUGGCUGCGCGCCACUGCAAGACCAACAUAGUCACGGCCUCCGUGGACGCCAUCAACUUCCACGACAAGAUCCGAAAAGGGUGCGUCAUCACCAUCUCCGGGCGCAUGACCUUCACGAGCAACAAGUCCAUGGAGAUCGAGGUCCUGGUGGACGCUGACCCCGUGGUGGGCGACUCGCAGAAGUGCUACCGGGCCGCCAGUGCCUUCUUCACCUACGUGUCCCUGAGCCCGGAGGGCAGGUCGCUGCCCGUGCCCCAGCUCGUGCCCGAGACGGAGGACGAGAAGAAGCGCUUCGAGGAGGGCAAAGGGCGGUACCUGCAGAUGAAGGCGAAGCGGCAGGGCCCGGCGGAGCCGCAGCCCUAGGUGCCGCCGCCGCCCGCGGCCGGGCCGAGCGGCCGGAGCGGCCCGCGCCUCACCGCUGAGGAGCCGCCACCCCGUCGGCCACAAACCCGACCCACGCUGAGAGCUGGUGUCGUGUGCGGUGUUGUCUCACAGUGUUAGUCCGCCCCCGGAAACCUCACACCAAAGCUUUAUUUAUGUCACUGCCCCCGACCCCCGGCGGCCGCGGUCCCUGGGCCCGGGGCUCGGGCCCGGGGCCACCGUGCGGUCCGCGAACACUCCAGUGUCGCUAAUAAAGCUGCUGUUUGGCUGGA